AUGUGUGAUUAUGCCGCCUCGUAUCCACAUGACUCCGACUCUUCAGCAUCUGGGGAUGUGGUCAUCAAACAGAAUCAAAUGCUUCCAAUCUACUGUUCUAUCAUGGGAAUGAUUAUCAUCUCUCUACUCUUGUACGUUGUAUACAAAUUAUGGAAACAACGAGAGGCGAUGGCCAGCGCCAAACUUUCCGAGGUAUUUGCGAACGGCACCAAUGGAAUGGAUAAAGCAUUAAUCCGUACACCACCGCCACCCGGGGCCACAAACACCACAAGCGGUCCCAGUCCCACAGUUGUCGCGGUCACUGAAGCGACCCACCCCAGUGGGAUGACCAACCUCGGUGCAGUAGAAGGUCAUCACUACGAUGACGAAUUGCAUCAUCAUCAUCAUGCUCACUCGCAGUGCGGAACAGAAACCCGUUCGCAUACGAAACGAUCCGGUCAUAAAGCACGUGAUUCGCAUACCAGUACCGUCCCGGAAAAACAUCCACUCAUUCCAAAUGCAAAAUCCUCUUCCACUGAACGAGAUUAUUUGGAACAACCAGUAAAUGUCGUUGUGCCUCAAAACACAUUGGGUUUUGUUUGCUACAGUCUGGCUCAAAACGGUUGGCGAGAAUUGGCUGUUACCACGGGAUUUAAUUCAACCGAUCUCGAUCAACUGGAUCAACUUACAUCCGAACAACGAACUCCUUGGCCUCUCCCGGACAACUUACUUCAAGCCGCGCGGGACGCCAAAUCACACGAGUCUGGAGCACCUCAUUCCGAGCUCGAGCUCACUCAAGCUGUGCUUGUUGUCAGCAAGCUGUUGGAACAACAGGACAUGACUUUUGGUACAUUUUUGACCGCGUUGGGACAAUCCAAUCGAUCCGACUUGGUAACCAUGCUUGCCAGCACAAACGGAUCGUAA